AUGGCGGAUGAUUCCCAGAUCAAUAGAGAGCCGCUCUUGAGGAAUGAGUACUUUUCCGAUUGUCCCGGCUGUAAGGUUGAGCAACACAAGGAUUUGCAGAGAGGUUUUCCGAUCAAAGACAUUAUCCGUAUUUGGAUUAUCGUCCUCGCUAAUGCUCUGCCAAUAUCAUCGCUUUUUCCUUUCAUCUAUUUCAUGAUAAGGGAUUUGCAUAUUGCUAAAAGAGAGGAAGAUGUGGCCUACUAUGCUGGUUAUGUAGGCGCUGCAUAUAUGCUUGGGAGAGCUUUGACGUCUAUUUUAUGGGGAGUUAUUGCUGAUCGCUUUGGUCGAAAACCUGUCAUAAUAAUUGGGACUGUCACAGUGGUUGUUUUCAACACUCUCUUUGGCCUUAGUGUAAACUAUUGGAUGGCCAUCAGUACAAGGUUUCUUCUUGGAAGUUUUAAUGGCUUACUUGGAACAAUUAAGGCAUAUGCAUCUGAAAUCUUCCGGGAAGAGUACCAAGCUCUAGGAAUGUCAACAAUUAGCACAGCAUGGGGUAUAGGAUUAAUCAUUGGACCGGCAAUUGGAGGCUUUUUUGCCCAGCCAGCAGACAAGUAUCCAAGUAUAUUUUCCAAAACUUCAUUCUUUGGAAGGUUUCCAUACUUCUUGCCCUGCUUUUGCAUAUCAGCUUUUUCAAUGGGAGUAAUGAUUCUUUCCUUUUGGCUUCCGGAGACAUUGCACAAGCACAAUGGAAAACAGAGAUCACGUAGUGAUUCAUUUGAUGCGUUGGAAACUGCACAUUUUCCAACUGAUGCAAAUGAAAGUAGAGAGAACACUGAAGGGGAUCAGAAAUCUAAGAAAAGCCUUUUAAAGAACUGGCCCUUAAUGUCUUCAAUCAUUGUUUAUUGUGUUUUCGCACUUCAGGAUAUGGCAUACAUUGAGAUUUUCUCAUUAUGGGCUGUGAGUCCAUGCAAAUUUGGCGGUCUGAAUUAUACGACGGACACUGUUGGUGAGGUUCUUGCUAUCUCAGGCUUCUCUCUUGUCACCUUUCAACUUUUCCUAUAUCCAUUUCUCGAAAAGACGUUUGGUGCCAUUCUAGUCUGCCGCAUCACAGGGGUCUUAAAUAUACUCCUAUUGGCAGGUUACCCAUUUUUGGCGUCAUUGUCGGGGUUAACACUUUUCCUAGUGUUAACCGUUGCAUCUGUGGCAAGGAAUGCCCUAAGUCUGUCACUAGUAACUGGUUUGUACAUCCUGCAAAACAGAGCUGUGGAUCAAGAUCAAAGAGGAGCUGCUAAUGGCCUUUCAAUGACCGGAAUGUCCGUGUUUAAAGCCGUUGGCCCGGCCGGAGCUGGUGCACUGUUCUCUUGGGCAGAAAAGCGCCGAGAUGCCUCCUUCCUACCCGGUACUCACAUGGUUUUCUUCGUCCUGAAUGUGGUUCAGACAAUUGGAGUGAUCUUGACAUUUAAACCAUUUCUAGCAACACGACAGUAAAUGGCUUUGGAUGAAAUUUGUGCCCAACCAUUUACAUUAGUAGUGUUAUAAAUGAGCAACCUCGUAACCCCACCAGAUGACCCGUGGUAAUUUGUUAGAUCACUCGGGAUCCUAUAAAUAAGCAACC